UGGCGCCAAGGUUAGGUCGCGUGACACGUGCUUCCAUCGUAGUGAUCGCGGUUAGCGCUGAUUUUGCGUCAGUUGGUCUUCGAACGGUCUCGGCCAUCUUGAUAGUUUACACCAAAGCUUCAUCUUCCAUCAACACCAACAAAAAUGUUUUUAUCCCGCGUAAAAUGCCAAGAAGCAUGUCCGGAGCCGGACCAAAAACAAGGUUUGGUAACCUCGUUAGUUGCUGGUCGACAAAUCGCAGCGGCCGCCAUCAAUCCCGGUGAAAGCUGCGAGUUUGGUUCGAUGAAAUAUUUCUACCUAUGCGGUCUCGGUGGUGUUUUAUCCUGCGGCAUCACUCACACAAUGGUCGUACCUCUCGAUUUGGUCAAGUGUCGUAUCCAAGUCGAUCCGGCCAAAUACAAGAACAUCGUGAGCGGGUUCAAAGUGACCAUGGCCGAGGAGGGGAUGAAAGGUUUAGCGAAAGGAUGGGCACCUACGUUUUUCGGGUAUUCCGCUCAAGGGCUCUGCAAGUUCGGCUUCUAUGAAGUCUUCAAAGUUGUUUAUGGUGACAUGUUGGGCGAAGAAAACUCCUUUUUAUACCGUACUUGGUUAUAUUUAGCCGCCAGCGCUUCGGCCGAAUUCAUCGCGGACAUCGCUUUAUCCCCCCUCGAAUCGGCAAAAGUCAAAAUUCAAACAACCCCCGGUUUUGCAAACACAAUGCGCGAAGCGAUGCCGAAAAUUUACGGCCAAGAAGGCUUAAACGGCUUUUAUAAAUCGCUAGUACCGUUGUGGAUGCGUCAAAUUCCCUACACCAUGAUGAAAUUCGCGUGUUUCGAACGUACCGUUGAAUUAAUUUAUAAAUACGUAGUCCCAAAACCGCGCGCUCAAUGUUCUAAAGGUGAACAAUUAGUUGUAACGUUCGCCGCUGGUUACAUUGCUGGCGUUUUUUGCGCGAUUGUUUCGCAUCCGGCCGAUACGGUCGUUUCAAAAUUGAAUCAAGAAAAGGGAAUGACCGCGAUUGAUGCGGCAAAGAGGUUAGGUUUUGCUGGUAUGUGGAAAGGAUUAACCCCGCGUAUCAUUAUGAUCGGUACAUUAACGGCUGCCCAAUGGUUCAUUUAUGACGCGUUCAAAGUAGCGACUCGUAUGCCACGUCCACCACCACCAGAAAUGCCAGAAUCGCUUAAAAAGAAACUUGGAGUACAAUAAAAAAAAAAUAGUUGUGGGUUUAUCGAUAAAAAGAGAAUUUGAUUAGAUAAUUUUUGCAGUAUUUCCAUUGAAAGAAAUUAUUAUUAAUUAAUUAAUUAUUUGUUAUUGUCAUAAUUGGUGGAAAUAAGUUUGUUCUUUUUUUUUUUGAUCAGACCUGUACAUACAAAGAUUUUAUUUUUACCUCUUUUAUUUUAAUUAAGAGCCGCCCCCCUCGCCUCGCCGCCAUCGUUUUAAAUUAAUAAAAAUAAGAUACCAAAAAAAUAUUAAAAGAAAAUGUGUCAUCAUGUUGUUUUUGUUGUUAUUUCAAGUAUUUAUUUGUAAUUCUGUAAAACGCCGAGAUUGAAUGAAUUUAGAGGUUAUUCGAAACAUUGUGAGAAUUAUAGAAAAUUAAAAAAAUCUUACCAAUAAUUUA